AUGAAGAAACACCCAGGGGGGAGACGGAGAGGAGCCCCCGCAGCCCCUUCCCUGGAGGAGACCCCUCCCCUCUUGGGGAGAUCCAGCCCCCCCCCAAAUAUCAGCUGCCCUUUUCCUGCUGCUGUUUUCGCUCCGUCUCCGGCUGAGGCUCCUGCCUGGGGAAGGUUUACCUGGAGACAGGCUGGUCAUCGGCAGGGCGCUUUCUCAUUGGCCGAGCUGGCAGGGACUUUUCUGCUCCGCCAAAGCCGCCCCCUGGCCGCCCCCGCCCCACAGCCACUUGGAGGGCGAGCAUCCAGGAGGAAGGGGCAAGCGACACUUGGGCUUGAAUCGCCCCUCGCCCGCCUCGGCCCAGGAAGAGCUGCAGAGAUGGAGCCCAGAGGAGGAAGAGGAGGAGGAGGAAGAGCCCUUUGCUGCCUCUGGGCGACCCUCCUCCUCGCCCCGCCAAGGGUGGAAGCCCUGAAAGGUCAGGGGGCGCAGAGGGAGGGGGAGAUAUCUGGGGAGGGGUCCCAGGAGGGGGGCUGGGGGAGAAAGAUUGCGCCCCUGAGCGAUGCCUGUGGGCUACAGGGAGGAGAAGCCCCCUCCCCUUGACAGGGGCAGAAGGUACACCCGGGAAUACGGAGGGAUGGGGGGAGGAAGGGAAUUGGACGCCCCAAAACACGAGGGAGGGGAGGGAGGAUCUGAACCCUCAACUAAGCUGGUCCAGGGGUUUAAAAGGGGGGGAGGACAGGGUGCAAACCCCCCCCACCCCCCACACCUCCUUGCUUCAAAGUUCGGGAUUUGUGCCUCUAGCCUUUCCUGUUAGGAGGAGGGAAAGGGAGAUAAAAGCAGAAUUGUUCUUUCUCCUUUAUAGACUAGGCUGUCACAGAGACCUGCCUGGUUCAGAAGCCCCCAGUGGUCGCCCCCAAAAGGCAUCAGCCCCCACAUCCCUAAUGCCCCCCCCAAGACAGAGUGGUCUCUCUCCUCCCCAGCAUCACAAAAGGGGCCAGAAAUCUCUAAGCAAAACCCUUAUAAACUCUGAGCAAAAACCUUAUAAACAAGAAUUGUUCUUUCUCCUUUAUAGACCUGCCUAGUCCGGAAGCCCCCAGUGGUCGCCUCCAAAAGGGACCAGUCCCCCACAUCCCUAAUGCCCCACCCCCCAAGACAGAGUGGUCUCUUUCCUCCCCAGCAACACAAAAGGGGCCAGAAACUUCGGUGGACCCUAAAAGAAAUCUCUGAGCAGAACCCUUCUAAACACGGAGGAAAUCUUUGUAUUCUUGGUUUCACUUUGGGGCAAGGAGCUCAGGGAAGAGUUACUUCCUUGCUAUAUUAACAACAACCCUGUGAGGAGUCAUGGAUUGGUCUCUCGAAGGAUUCCUCCAACUUUCGAUCUGCCAGAGUCACGCCAAACACAAAUGCCCCCCUGGAUCAACCUUUGGGGCUGUUAUGGCUCAGGAAUUAGGGGAUACUAAAAAUGACAUGUGUGUGUAUUUGGGAGGAGAUUACGCCCCCCCCCCCGUCUUCUUAGAGAGCCUUCCUGGUGGUGGCCUCAUUCCUAGCAAUGGGGCAGGUUCUCCCUCAUCCUGCUGCAGGGUCCUAAAGCCUCCCUCUCUCUCUCCCACCCCUGCAGUGGAGGACACCCUGGUGGAGCUGGACUUCUUCCAGGAGAGCUUCCCUUCGGAGAAGAAGUCCAGGGGAGUUCCUGCUGGAGUUUGACAACGAGGAGAUCCUGCACGUGGACUGGGAGAAGAAGCAGAACGUCUGGAGGCUGCCGGACUUCCAGCGCUUCACCAGCUUCGAGGUGCAGGGCGCCCUGGCCAACAUCGCCGUCAUGAAGAACAACAUGGAGGUGCUCAUGAAGCGAAGCAACCGCACCCGUGCCCUGAACGGUAGGACACGCGAGGGGGGCGGGGGAGAGAGCUGGGGGGCAGGCAGGGGGUGGUCUCUUGGCUUCUGACCCAGAAGACCCUUCAGGACCCCUUUCUGCCUCCCCAGAGGGAACUCUGCUGGAGGGAGCCCGUCCUUGGCUGAGUGAGACAGGCUAAAAGGGAAGGAAAACCUGAUGGGAGGGGCAGCAUUGCACUCUGUACAAGCUCAGAGGCAUUCCCAAACCUGAACACCAGGUGCAAAAAUACCCACAGCAGCUAAUGUAGGGCACAUGGUGUGGGAGAUUUUGCAGUCAUAUCUAACAAUGCAUAUUCUUGCUAGUUAGUAUGUGAAGGAGUCAAGUCCAAAGAGUUGCACUGGUGAUAGAGGGACUCAGACCAUAGAAAUGUAACUGGUAGAGAGGAAUUUGGGUGAUGUUAUUUCUCCCUGCUCAGGGAGGAAGUAGUAUUUUCUUCUCUCUCUCCCUUUGACCAAUGAUGGAAGCAGACAGGGCCCCACUCGCUCCAAUUUCAGGCACAUGCCUGAAGUUGUUUUUUGCUGUACAGUAAAAUCAAAAAUUUUGUCUGUGUUGUUUUAAUGCUGUUGGUGCUGAGGAUGAAUGCUUGAGUGUGAGCAAAUAUAUGUGUUAAACUUACUUUUCAGCCUGUAGCCUGUUUCUUUGUUGUUGUUUUUAUAAUAAUUUUUAUUCAUUUUCCAAACAUUUUUAUACAAUAAACACAUAUUUUAUCACUCAUUCAUCAAUUUUUGACUUCCCUCAGUUUCUCUGCCAAACUUUUGUUAAAGUUUCCAUUGUUAAUGCAUUUCUAAGCUUAAUAUUGCCUUUAGAAACUCCUUUUCCCUCUUACUCCCUUUUUUACAAUAUUUCUUAAUUUUUCACAGAGUCUCUUCAAAACCAACAAGCGUUGUCUGUACAUCACAUAUACUUUUCAGAUAUUCUGUAAAUCUCCCCCAGUCCUUGAUAAAUUUUUGGUCUUUCUGGUAUCGAAUUUUCCCAGUCAGCUUGUCCAGUUCUGCAUAUUCAGUCAGUUUCCUUCUCCAUUCUUCCACUGUUGGAAUUUCUUCCUGCUUCCAUCUUUGGGCCAGAAGUGUCCUUGCUGCUGUCACUGCAUAUUGAAAAAGUUUACAGUCUUUCUUGUUAAUUUCAUUUCCUAUCAAUCCUAAUAGGAAGGCCUCUGGUUUUUUAACAAACGUAUAUUUCAACAUCUUUUUCAGUUCAUUAUAUAUCAUUUCCCAGAAGCCUUUCACCCUUUUGCACUCCCACCACAUAUGAUAGAAAGUUCCUUCUUUUUCUUUACAUUUCCAGCACUUAUUACAUGUUUUAUACAUUUUAGCCAGUUUAACUGGCGUUAUAUACCAUCUGUAAACCAUUUUCAUUACAUUUUCCUUCAACGCCGAACAUGCCAUGAAUUUUAACCUUUCAUUCCAUAAUUUCAUCCAAUCAUCAUAUUGUAUAUUAUAACCGAAAUCUCUGGCCCAAUGUAUCAUUACCGAUUUCACCUCUUCAUCUUUUGUGUGCCAUUCAAGCAACAUUUUAUACAUUUUAGACAGAUUUUUUGUAGCCUGUUUCUUUGAUGAACUGGGGACACAAAGGGGGAGAUCAGCCUAACAGCUAAUUGAUAUGCUUUCCAUUUCUAGACUGCUUAAAAUGGGUUUUAAUCCCAUUUCAUUCUCCAUCUCCUUCCUCAGUUGCUCCUUCGGCCACUGUGUACCCAGAAAAUGCCGUGGAACUGGGGGACCCCAACGUCCUCAUCUGCUUUGUAGACAGGUUCUCCCCCCCAGUGCUGAACGUCACCUGGCUGAAGAACAACGAGGUGGUCUCCAAGGGCGUGGAAGAGACAGACUUCUACCCCAGCGUGGACAACACUUUCCGCAAGUUCUCCUACCUCCCCUUCGUCCCUCAGCAGGGAGACCUCUACGUCUGCCAAGUGGAGCACUGGGGCAUCCCAGAGGGAAAGAUGGAGAAGAUCUGGGGUAAGCACUGGGCAGGAUUGGGCCUUUUCUCUGGGGCUUGAACUCAGAAACCCAGAUUCAUGGCGUAUAAGAAACACGUUCUGAUGAUCAGAGUAAUUUAUGCAAGUGAAGUACACUUGCAGUUUUGCAUAAUUUAUUCUGCUCCUUCUAGCCAUGGGAGACAAAAAGGUGCUCAGCUGCCUUUUGGGGGUUCCUUAAGUUAGUUUCUCUCAGUUUAACUUAAAAGUGUAUAUUAAGGUCUGUGGGGCAGGUGUGUCAGGACUCCUGGGUUCUUUCUUCCGCUGAACACACAGAGAGAAACAGAGUCCCCCCUUAGCCCUGUCCUCUCUCUCUCCAUCCCAGUUUCCAAGGCGCCCUCUCCCAUCCCGGAGACGAUGGAGAACGUGCUGUGUGCCCUGGGCUUGGCCUUUGGCAUCCUGGGCAUCAUCGCUGGCACCAUCCUUUUCUUCAAGGCCAUGAGGAUGAACAAUCGCAGGGGCUUCAUGUGAGUCGAACCCGUUUCCCUUCAGGGGCUGAGAGACAAAUGCAAGGGAAGCCAAAAUACACAGCAAAGGGUGGGGUGGGCCUCAUCCUGCCCAGAAGGUGCUCAGCCUCCAUACUCCCAGCUCACCAGCUCCCUUCUCCUUCCUUUUCAGAUAAUGGAGGAUUCCUUUCCUGACAGCCUCUUCCUUAAACCCUCUCAGCUCAGCUCCUUUGCCAAGAGUCUCUUCUGCUACAAAUCAGCUGGAAGGAGUUGCUUCCUCCGUGUGCAGCUUAUCCUUAGAAGCUUUUCAGAUAAUAUGUUUAACUUUCAAGAACAAUUAUGAUAGCCAAAGAUGCUUAGGCAGACUUACAUUACUUUUCUCCCUUUUCUGUUUCCCUCUUAACAAAGAAAUUUCUCUCAGACUGUUUAAGUAAAUAGGAAAAGUAUAUGGUUUACUCACAUUAAAUGUCUUGCCAUGGUGCAAAAUUUACAGCUCCCUCUAUGCAGGUUCUGAAACUCCCUGGUGCCUUUGCUUCUGGCUGUCCAGUAAUCGUGCAUUUUAUAGAAUCCUAGAAUUGUAGAAUUGGAAGGGACCCUAAGGGCCAUCUAGUCCAACCCCCUGCAGUGCAGGAAUCUCACCUAAAUCAUCUCUGACAGAGGGGCUUGUGGUUUGGCUGCAGAUCCUCCCACAAACUCCAUGGUUGAGUCAGGAUAGUUUUAUGGAGGUUCCCUGCUUGCCUCGCCUUCCAUCUGCAUGGCUCAAGGAGACCCCCUGCCAACAGAGUGUCAGGCGUACUAAUUCAUAUCUCCACCCCACUUACCCAAAACCAUUCACCUCCCUCUCCAGUUUUUGGAGAGAGCCUUCCUCAGUUCCGUGCAUUGCACUGCAGGAAUACACUCCUCAGAUGUUUCCUUAAUCCCAAAGAGGAUUCAUCCAGCUUGUUGGGGAAGUUUAGCUGCUAAGAGACCCCAAACACCUUUCUUGUCCACAUAAAGCAGGGUUGUAUCUGUCUGUGUGGAGGAAAAUAUCCCUUCUUCUUCCACAAAACUUUCCCAAUGGCUUCUGUGCAGCCCAAUUGCUGUUUUUCAUACAUGCUCCCAUAUUUCCAAAAGCAAUGAAUAAAUCUUACAGUUUGUUGAUUUGUUUCUUGUGCUGUUUUCUCUGCCUAUAAGCUCUGGAUAUAUUUAUUAUUUCAAAGCAAAAAGGUGAACCAUUGAGGAAAUGGGUAGCAUUGCAACCAGAGUGGCUACACUGACUCCUCGUGUCUCUAGGCCCAGAUUCUGGGAGAUGAUAAGAGAUCAGGAGAGCCAGCGCUGGUGCCUCCCUGCCUUUGGCCUGGUCUGCCUGUCUGUCCCCUGCUGGGAACAGGAUGCUGGGGCAGGACUCUUCUGGUCUUCAAGGCCUGCUGUGGGUUGUGUGAUGCCCCAAACCAUUAUCCCACAGGACCCGUGGAUCCCCACUCUGGGGGAUCAGAUGAGAGGAACAGAACAGCCCAUCCCCCUGUCCUAAAAUGCCUCACCAGAUCAAAGCACCUGCUCUUCCUGAGACUGGAGUGAUUGAUCGGGGGGGGGGGGGACCGGGAGAAAAUGUGCAGAGGCCCCCUCCAAAUUCAGGGUGGAUGAAUGAAGGUCUUCUUCCAGGGGCAACAACACUCUAGAGAGGGGUGUGUUUCAGGACAUGCAAGGUCAGGAUGUGACCCAAUCUGCCUGGCCAAACCUCCAUCAUGAGUUGACUGUGUUGCCUGGAACAUGCCUUAAAACCCUCAGAGAAGGAUUCACUCUUUCCUGGUAGCUCCCUGUCUUGCCCCUAUUUUUGUGUGCCUCAUUAAGAUAAAUUAAGGCAAGGGGUUGUUCAGCUCUUUCUCUCCCCCUUGCAAGAGUCUCCAGAAGGUAAAUGACACCACCGAGUGGGGUUUGGGAGAGGCGUCCUUCCUGGUGCCAAACCUGGAGCAGGAACAUCACAGAGGCCAACAGACAAGGCCCAGCUUGCUGUGCAAUCUCAUACCUUCUUCUGGAUCUCAAAUGAGGGGGAUCCAAAUUACGGGGCGGGGGGGAGUCAAUUAAUGCAGCAAGACAGAAGGCAGAGUUUGGCAGAGGGGCAGGGCAGGAGUGCCCCAGGGCAAGACUUGGGGGCAGAAGGCCAGGGCCCCAGUCGGCAGAAGGAGCAGGAGGCCCCUCAAGGCUGCAGGGCUGACUCUCCACAUCUGGAAGCAGCUGAAGGAACACAUGCUACCAGUAAGGGGGGUAAGAGUCGGAGUCUAGCAUUGCCAAGAGACCCCAAGUGGGCAAGAAGGGGCCCCUGAGCAGUGAUCCUUCCGUAUGGCAACAUUUCUCAAAUCUGGGAUAAGUCUGGUCUGGUGCAAGUGAAGAGGGGCCUCCACAGCAGGAGGGCUGAUCCCCAAGAGUCAGAAGUUGGAGAAGGGCUGAUCCAGAGGGAAAGAGUUAGGGAGAAAGUGGGGUGCGGGUGGCCUGAUCUUUGCAGGCUGUCUUCCUCCUCCUUCCUCCCUCUUGCUUAUCAAAGGCUCCUCCUCCCCUUCAGCAGCCCAGGACACAGUCAGAGACCAGCAAGUGCUGCACUCGAAGGGGUUUGGCAAGAGCCACGCGUUUCCUGCCCAGCAACUGAUGACCAGGCAGCGUCGGGACCUGUGAUUGGCUCCCAUCAAGCCUCCCCUCCAGGAAAGUCCCCAGAAGGACAACACUAUAGACCCCCCCAGCAGCAGCAAUAGCAACUCUCCUUUACCCCUCCCCCAACCCUGCUUUGUGCUUCAAGGCAGAAGUGGAGAUUGUGACAUUCAGGUUCCCUCGAAACAGGAACUUUUUAAACAAGUAAUUAGUUCCUUGGAGCAGCUCUGGCUUUAAGAUCUGCCUCAAAGAAUUACCCGGGGGGGGGGGGGAGUUAAGAGGCUGUCUUCUCCCCACUGUCAAUAAUCAUCCCAUGUAAAAUGUGAAAUCCAACACUCUAAUUUCUAUUUUGGGGCUUAAAUGCAAAACUUCAAAUGGCAGACUCUUCACGUUAAUUACCGUAUUUUUCGCUCCAUAAGGCGCACUUUUCCCUCCUAAAAGUAAGGGGAAAUGUGUGAGCAUUUUAUGGAGCGAAUGCAGGGGAGGCAGGCAGGCCCGGCUCCUGCGGGCUUUUCCCCAGGAGGGAGAAGGGACUGACGCGGCCAGUCAGUCCCUUCUCCCUCCUCAUAGAUAAGCCCUCAGGAGCCGCAUGCUCCUUAAAGGGUGCACUUCUCCUGUGGGCUUUUGCGGGAGCAGGGGUAUUGCCAUAGCCACGUGCAGCCCCUCCGGCCGGGAGAGGCUGCGUGCAGCUAUGGCAGAAGGCAAGACAGCAUGGAUCCCGCUCGCUGUCUUGGCUUCUUUGCUCUUUGGGGCGGGGGGGGGGGAAGGGGAAGAAUAAUUUUUUUAGUUGAUUUCCCCCGCAAAAAACUAGGUGCGCCUUAUGGUCUAGUGCGCCUUAUGGAGCGAAAAAUACAGUACCAACAAUGUUUCCAAGCUGUGAGCUUGUGGCAGCCUCUGCAUUUUGCAUUCUGCUUCAAAGAGGGAGGAGGCAAUUCUAUCCCAGCACUCAGCCCCCCACCUAUAGUGGGAAUUCUCUGCAUCUCGUUUCUGAAGGAAAAAAUGCUUCGAAAAAGGACCAAUCAAAUAGUGUGUAAGCAUGGGCACAGCCGGGGGGUGGGGGGUGGACUGCUGCCCCCAAUCAAUAAAAAUCAAUUAAAAUACAAAGCAAACUGAGGUUCUGCCCCCUAUCAAAAGGCCUGCCCCCCCAAAAAAACCAAUCAUGGCUACGCCCACGGUUGCAGGUUAUCUGUACAUGAGCUUCCUGGAUUUGCACAUUGGCCCAGUUCCUGGUGGUGGCACAAAACAGCAGCAACACCUGAGGGCAAAGGCUCAGUUUAAGAGUGGAGGAGUCACUUCCACAGAGAAGGACCUUGGCUGGAGAGAGGGAGAGAGAGAGAGAGAGAGAGAGAGAGAGAGAGAGAGAGAGAAAGGGAGGAGGAAACUCUGGGUCGAGAUCACUUCGGAAUAGAAAAUGCUCAGGGAUGGGCUGCCAGGGACAAACUGGGUGUGAGAAAUGUGGGUUUUGUGGACCCCCAGAGGCACUGAGGCUGUAAACUUCAGAUCUAUAUUCCACAACUGUUCCCACGGGAGAAAGGGAGAAAGGACUGCUCCACUGUAGCUGCAGCUUCAUGUUUUUACUGCUCUCUCCCCAAUGUGAAGGAGAAGCAGAAUAACCUCCCUGCAAGCAGGAAACUGGGGCAAUGGCUUGGCCUGCACACUUUAUCCCUGCUGUGCUAGAUUUCUCCUUGCAGGCAGUGCCAAUGUAAUUUAGGUGUCCAUGCAGCUCCUGCCUGAGGCUGGGAAGGAGGCCUCUUGGAGGAAGAAACAGACCAAGAGGAGGGGGGCAAAGGGGUCCCUGGACAGGAGGGGCAGGAUCCAGGCAGCCUGCUCCCUGGUGACAGAAGCAGGACUUCUGGGCCCAUAGCACAUGUCUCCCUCCCCCACCUCUCCCUCCUUCUGCCCCCUUGUUUCUGGCAGCAGAGGAGAUGCUGCAGAAAGGUGCUGGGGGGAGUUUCGCUUCCCCCCACAUGGGGGCCUGGAGCACAGCUCAGCAUUCAGGGAAAUGAAUGAGGGAAGCUGGCCACGAUCCAGGAGACGGAGGUCAACCGGGAGAGCAGCAAAACCUCCUCACAAAGAAGUAGCUUCCACCCCCCCGCCCCCCCUCAGCCCAGCAGCAAUGGCUUAAGAGGAAUUGCCAUUUCAGGGAAGGACCCCCUUGGGAAUGGCUGAGCUGAACGGAAUGGGGCUGGGCAAGCCCCAUAGCACCCUCUGCUAAAAGAAUAGGGGCUCCUUGGCUCAAGGUGGGGGGAGAUUUCCUUGGAGAGCAGCCCCUCCCUCUUGCGUCAGGAGAGCAACGUGGGUCAUCUCUUCCUAAGGCAGGAGGGAGGAGGAAGAGGGGAGAAUGGGCAGAGACCCCUCCAAGUCCCCAAGGCUAUGGGGCCCAACCCACAGGAGAGGGUGGGGGUGUUUCAGGUCAGCCAAGACCAGGAUGUGGCCCAGUCAGGCCGGCCAGACCUCCUUCAUGAGUCGGCUGUGGGGCAGAGACAGGUCUCUUCAACCUUUCCAGAUCCAAGACCCCCUUUCAACCCAAACAUGCAGUUCUCCAUCUUUAUAUCUGCGUGAUCUCAGGGCUCCUGUUUGUGGAGGUGCCAUCACUUCAGGGGGGUCGUAAGGUGUGGCAGGUGGGGGUUUUAUCUCGACAGCCAUCAUGUUUUUCUUUGAGUCCCGAGGGGAUACUGGAAAUUCCCUCAGACCUUGGUCAACCUUGAGAUUUCCUGUCAGUUUCCCCCAGAAACAACAAACAGGGCAGAGGAGUCUCUUAGGGAAUCCUGGAGAGUUUCUGUGGAGAAAAGGGCGGACAUUUUUUCCCCUCAGAACAGGCAGGGAAAUUUCUGAGGAACCUGGUCAGAGACAAGGGAGCCUCCCUCCGUCUGAGGUGUUUCCCGCUCUUUUCUCCUGAGGGAGUCCAAACAUGAGGAGAAAAUGGCUUCCCUGUGGAGAUUGGCAUCCUUCCCACCUCAGGGCCUGAAGGGUCAAGGAAGGGAUGCCCAGGGGGGCAACAGACUCCAUGUUCCCUCCUCCAAGGGGCCCACAGUCUGAUAAAUGGAGGAACAGAAAAUUCCCUCAGGAGUUUUAGUCACAGGAGGAUUCAAAAGAUGUUUUUUUCCUCCCCUUGUAAGUCCACAUUUGUGGAAACACUAGAGAAGGCAUUUGGCUCUCCUAAAUACAGUGGUGCCUCGCAAGACGAAAUUAAUCCCUUCCGCGAGUGUCUUCAUCUAGCAGUUUUUUCGUCUUGCGAAGCAACCCUAUUAGCGGCUUAGCGGAUUAGCGCUAUUAGCGGUUUAGCGGCUAUUAAAGGCUUAGCGGCUUAGCGGCUUAGCUGCUAAAAGGCUAUUAGCGGCUUAGCGGCUUAGAAAAGGGGGGGGGAGCGAAAAAAAAUCUCAAGACUCGCAAGACAUUUUCGUCUUGCGAAGCAAGCCCAUAGGGAAAUUCGUCCUGCGAAGCAACUCAAAAACGGAAAACCCUUUCGUCUAGCGGGUUUUCCGUCUUGCGAGGCAUUCGUCUUGCGGGGCACCACUGUAGCUAGUUUGAAAUCAAAUUCAUAAUGGAAUCACCUCAGGAGACCAUGCAGUGUGUGGAGGGUUUUCCCAGGGAAAAAUGGCUCCCAAAUCAGUUCCCCUUUGAUGGCUGACACACAGACUGGAUUUAAACAGACUUUUCUUUUUUGUAUUAGGAUGUUUGUGUGGUAAACCACCUUGGGGUGUUGAAUGGUUACAUUAAAAGGCCUUAAACAAGUCAGUAACCCAAAGCUGGGGAAGUGCUAGAGGUAUGACAGAAGGUCACCUUCUUUCAGGUGAAGUUGUGUGGAAAUGGAGGCAGAUCAACCCUUUUUCUUACACCCAGGAUUGUCAAGUGUGGCGCUACUUGAAUAUUGACAUUUAAAAGAAAUAAAAUAGUUGAAGGACCACAGAGGGAAGCUGAAGAAAAUCUUCACUGGUGCGACUCAGAGGAAAUACUCUCACGGCUGUGAAAUCUGCUUCUGCCUUGAAGUGGGUCAGGUGAGGAUCCCAGUCAGAGGGCUGGUCCAUAAGAUCACAAAAGAGCAGGGUAUUUACAGAGAAAUUAACAAACUACUCUCCCUGAGGAGAUAAAGCCAGCAGGGUGAGGGUUAGGAGCAGGGACUCUCUCCAAAAACGGGACUCAUCCUCCGUGUCACAGGGCUGUCGGGAGAAGCUUUCAAUAAAUAUAUUUGGCCAUUUAGCAUUUUAUGGAAUUGUAGAGAAGGGACCCCAAGGUCAUCUAGCCCAACCUCCUGCAAUGAGGAAUCUCAAAGCUCAGGCUCCCCAUCAGGGCUUGAAGGACCAGUCCUGGCAGUCUGACCAGAUUCAUGGUUGUUUUCAGGGACAGCUCAGGCUCCUCCAGGGAGAUUCAAGGCACAAAUUCUCUAGCAGAGAGGUGCAAAGAAGCAAUCAGGUUGUGAUAACUUGCAAUCAACAAGCGGAAAGGGAAAGACAAAAAGAAACUUUCCCCAAAUGACAAGCAAGCAACAGAGGUGGGGGAGGGGUGGACACUGUCAUUCUUGAUCUGUGACUCCUUCCAUCCACCUUCCAAGGAGGUUUCCACCUCUGAGCACGGACAGAGGGCAACUGGCAGGAAGAACAGAGCUUCUCCACAUCCCAGGAUCCUUAUGGAUCAGCAAAGUCUAACUGAUGAGUCCUGCAGGCAGAGGAGAGAGAGACAAGCCCAUCACUGUGGGGUAAGGAAUGGGGAGAAAGGGGUCAAGAAUCCCUGGAAAGAUUGGGGGGACACUCCAUAGAGCGGCCAUCAGAGAUUGUGAACUACAAUUCCCGUCGCCACCAGUUAUGGGCCUGGCAGGGGGGGCUCUGAGGAGGGAAGGAGGCAGAGGGAGGGAGACUUGGCUGGCUUUGGCAGUGGAGAAGAGGAGCUUCAGAAGAGACCAAGGAGAUCUGUCUAGAUCAGAAAUGGGGAACCAUGGACCCUGGACCAAAUGUGGCCCCCAGACUUCUCUUUUUGCUCUGAAAGUGAUUCCACCUCCCUUGAACUCGGAGGAUGCCCCUUGCUUGCCUGGACCAAGAACAGAGAGGGGCAGAAACUAGUCCACUCAGCAAUAGGGAAAUUGGCAUGUUUUUCUCCACCCACACCUGCCCAGCAGUGGCAUGUGGGCCCCGGAAGGAGGGGAUGCAGCCCUUGGGGCAAAAGAGGACACCCCCCCCCCGGAAUAGAUGUCCUGCAAUGGGCAGAAGAGCUUUGUUCCCCAAGGGCCAAACACCAGCCCUGGUCUCCUCACUCAGCCUCUGCGAAGGAACUUUGCUUGACUGUCUCCCAGGUGGGAAAUUCCCUUGGAGACCCACUUCCAGGACAUGAUAUUGGAGUGUGAGCCUCAAGGGAAUGGACUGAUCCAUAGGAAGCCCCUCCCCUCUGUUCUGAAAGGAAGCCAGGGCGGGGGCACACGAAGCAGCCAGGAGAAGGGGGUUGGGGGAGGAGGAGGAGGAGGAUGGAAGAGCAGAGAGGAAAGUUACCUGCAGGCUGAGGAACAGCUUGCCCUGGGAGAGAAAAUAAAGAAUAGAAAGAUUCUGUCAGCAUCAGAUGUCCCUUGAAAUAGCUUCUCUGGGAAUACGGCAAACCCCCCCCAAGAUCAAGAUAACACAUUCCAGGCACAACUAGGAACUCCCCCCCCCCAUUCUGUCCUAAGGAGUAUGAGGGGUGAAAGAAGAGUCUUUUUAUUAAAUAAAUAUUUCCUUCCCAAUACAGAAAGGACACUGGAGAACAUAUUGCCAACUAAUCUCUUUCCCAUUACCCAAUGCCCCCACCUCACAAACCCUCCCCCCCCCCAUAUUCCUUAGGCUGCCUCAAGGACCCAAGGGAGAUGAAUUCCACUUCCUGACUGUAAGUGUCUCAAAGGCCCUUUGCUCAGCAGGGAGAGAGAGCCUUUGACUUACUGCUGGGACCAAGAAGCUUCAAAACAUCUGUGUCCUUACUCUGCUCAAAGGCUUCAGAGCCAGAAAUGCUUUUGAAUUUCUCAAUCAUAUGUUGGAUAGGAGGUUUAGAUCUUCAUCUACAGAUUUAAACCUCAGACCAUCUCCAUAAGAGCUGAGGCUCCAUUUGAGACACCAAGAGUGACCUCCUAGGAGUGGAGAAGGAACAGAACCUUCUCCAGAUCCUCUGCCUAAGAAGAGGAGGGGAGCCUGGAGCCCAAUCCAGCCCCACACCCAACCCUCCCUCUCUCCCUGGCACCCCACCCUCACCUUUCUUGUUCUUCAGGUAAAGGGUGAGUCCAGCGGCCCCAAAGACCAGCCCCAGCACAAUCCCCACAAUCCCCGUCCACAUCUUGCUCCUGGCAGAGUCCGACUGUGGCUCUGAAGAAAGAAAAAGUCAUGAGUGGGGGAGCAACCCAUCUAGCCCCCCAGGAAUGCCCCCCACCUCCUUGGGAAGGAGAUGGGUCGGGGCUGGGAAGGCGUCCUACCCCAUUGCACCGUGACGGGGCCUUCGAAGCUGGCGUGCUCCACCUGGCAGGUGUAGACGUCUCCACGUUUUGGCUUUGUCUCCAGCAUCACCUCAAUAUGGAAGGUCCAGUCCCCGUUCCGGAUGAGGUCCGUGGUCCACACUUUGGGCUCCUCCUUCCCGUUCCUGAACCACUUGAUCUCGAUCCCCGCAGGGAAGAAGCGGUUCACAGUGCAACUCAGCAGAGUGUUGUGUGGUGAAGAUUCAACGUUGUCUGUGGGGGUGAUCUUCACCUUGGGCUGGACUGUGGGAGGGAGGCAAGGGAGAUGUGGAAGGAAGGUCAGAGAUUUAGGCAAGGAGGGACCUGGAGGCUUCAAGGGAGGGAGGAGAGGCCAUAGUUAAGGGGGGAGGGGGGCUAGCCAGGGUGAAGCCUCUAGAGGGGGGCAAUUGAGGCUCCCGGCUUGCAGGGGGGGCCUUUCUCUGACCGCAGCCCCCCGGUGGCUCCAGAGUCUAAAAGCAUCUGCUGAGCACCAGAGUGAUGCUAAUCUGCAAGGGGAAGCUGGAAAACCUGGAAAAUGACCCUCCUUCCCCUUUCCCCCUGACUGUUUUUGGAAAUGAGUGCGAAAGAGAAACCCUGGAGAAGGUUGCUCUCCAAGCAAAGUUGAAAAGGGAAAGUCUUCUUUUUCUUUCUUUCUUCUUUUGCUUCCCUUAAAGCCUCAGAGAUGAAUUAGAAGUGGUGAAGAGAUCAGAACACCCCUCCUGCCCUUUUGGGAACAGAAUCCCUUUGGAGUAUUGCUUGCUUGUGUGUUGUCUGUGUCUGUGUGUAUGUUUUGCAUCUAAAGACAACAUACAUGUUUACACCAUCUGAAUACAUAAAGAGAGCAUGGCUGCAUACAAUCAGCUACAAAAACUGAGUCCUCUUCAUACAUAUGAACAAAUGUGUCAAGUACUGUACGUGUAUUGAUACGGAAGGGGGGGGCAUGUCUUCUCCACCCAUUUUGCCAGUCACCAGAGGGUUUGAGGCGAUGACCUCAAGGGGCACAUGACCCCACAGGAACCCCAGUCCCUGCACUGUUACACAAGCACCACACUCAACCCCAAACCCCAUGAAUAAAAGUGCCUUUUCCCGUUCCUACGCCCGUUCGUUACAAUGAGUAGACCGGGCGAAAUAAGCCCGAGCGCCUUAUUUCUCCCUCCCGCCCUAUUGUUUCCAUUGGUAAACCGUAUGAAGUAGUAAUAUGGAUCUUAUGAAUGAACUCGCCUAUUUGCGUACUGGAGCAUUCUACCCAAUCAGAACAAUGCAUUCGGCUUGCAGAGCUAGCUCAGCUCGAGCUGUUGCACGCCUCAUUUAACCUUUGACAAGCUGCUGACAGCUCCCGCUGCGAGAACAAUGGAACCGAAACCUCGUAAACUUCUAAUCCUGUCAAAUCUUGCUACAAUGUAUCCAGCUAUUUCCGAAUUCGACUGCCACUGCCUAAAUGAACUAAAAUACACAAAAAUUCAUAGAAAAUCAACCGUAGCACUGAUUUUCUUGCUUUCGGUGCCAAUCUGCUCAAUUUCUCUACGACUUCAAGACUCCUCUGGUGUCCUCCAUAAUCCCCCAAGCGAGAUGUCACGUACACUCAGGAAGACCCUAAUCCUGUCAAAUCACCCUGCCAAGCCUUUCCUCCAGGCAGUGCCAGGUGACAGACUUUGCAAACCUGGACUCUAUUGUACAUCCUGAUUUGACUCAGGAUGUACUUAUCUGCGCAUAUCUCCAACUCUGCAUAUUCCCCCCUCCCUCCUCCAUAUGUUAAUUCUGUGUAACCCAACCCUUUCUUGAUGUAUUCAUGAUGUAACCAUGAUGUAUUGAUGAUGUUUCUGCACUGUAACAUGGGAAAUGGAGGGAAGUUUUAAAAGUUCAUGUCACCCCAUCCUCAGGGUUCAAUCUCGCCUUGAACCUGUUGCGCAAUAAACAUGGAUCUUCUGCAUCUUGCUACUGUCUCCAGCUGCGCUCUUUUGUUCCACAGGGACCGCGGACUUAGUCCGACGAGCCGGGUGGCAGAGCAGCCUCGCACCCGGAUUUUACCGUAAUAUUUGGCGCCCAACGUGGGGUGUUGCGGUUCUCCCAUGUUGCUGACCGGGGCCCCUGAAGUCUUCAGCCAGCACUGGGCCGCUUUGCCCGGGAAGACACCUCCGGACCUCCGGCCAUCUUCCGGGCGGUAAUCGAACGGCCUCAGGAGUUCAGCCGGGGAACAAAGAGAUAUCCAGCCGGCUUAUUCAACGAUCCCGGGAUCACAGCUGAAGACGUGUGAGUAUAAGGAAAAUCCAGUGCACUGGUGGGAAGGGCGUGGUAGUCUCCUGGCAACUGAAUUCUCUGCCCUCCUCUCUAUCGUUCCUUCUUACCUUUCUCUUGGUCCGGUUACUGAGAGAGACCGUGGAGCGCUGCUCAACCCGAAAGGGGGUUCUGAGCUCUAUCCCUUUAUCUCAAAUUCUCCAGCCAGCCGCACCAACCGAGAGCCUGAAACAGAGAGGACCGGCUUAAAACCCGACUCACCGCAACGGGCAUCUCGUUGAAAGCAAGUGGUUGGAGCUCUCUUUCCGAACUUCCCAAGCGCCCGGCAAGGGGGUCGGAAGGGUCUUUCUUUCUAUCACAAACCCCAGCCGCACCAGUCAGAGCCACGUAACACAUGUAUCGUGCGUGAGCCUGCUUCUGAAAGCAAGGGGGUUUUUCCGGUUCAAAAACUCUAUCCAGGGAUCGCCCAAUCUGGCACCGUGCUGUGCGGGCGUCCAGUAGGGUCCCUUUUCCUAAGACUGUGACGAUAGGUAGGAGGUUGCCAGGAGGGAUAGCCUCUGAGGAACUGGGCAGGAUUUGGCAGAGUGGGAAAGCACCCCCAAGAUUAGGAGAAGGGAAGAACGAGUGCCAAAGGUCUGGGGAGGUAACCAGAUAGCUAGGGCCCGAAAAACCACUAGGGAGUUGCCAAGCAACAAGAAAUAGGAAAACCGUAGGAAAGACCCCUGUACAAGUUACCGAAAAUCCUUAUCGACCCCUCUCUUUCUCCCCUCUCUACCCCAGACACGCGUGGAUUAAAACAUGGGUACCCAGGCUUCCAAAAAUGAGCGGGCUCCCUCUGGCAGGAAGGCUUCGAGAAAGCCAUCCCAAUCCCAGAGAGACCCUGACUCCCCUCUUGAAUUCGUUUUGACCUAUUGGAAGUCGAUACCUGGCCAUAAGCUACUGUCUAGACAAAAGUUAGAGGACCUCUGCAGAGAAUCCUGGCCCACCAGUACCGCCUCCGCAAACCCAGAACUACGUUGGCCAACAGGAGGCUCUUUUAAUGAAGAUCGCCUAAACCAUCUAAGAAAAUACCUGAUGGAGGAGAAGCCCCAUCAGUUAGAAUAUUUAACCGCCUUUGAGGCUAUCAGAGGACUACUUCAAGCUCCCCCUCUUUUCAGCUGCCCGUGCUAAAUCCCAGAAAGCAGCCUUUGCCCCCCCCCUACGAGGGACACCCCGCAGACGAUUCCAUUGAGCGAACUCUGAUUCCCUUCUACUAUCAAGGGCCGAUACCAUCUGCCCCAAACGGCAAUGCAGAUAGUGACACGUAAUCAAGGGAAGGAGGAGCGGGGGGGGGUGCAAGUCAAGUGCUCACUCGCCAACAAGCUAAGGCAAAGAAGGCUACCCCAGAGGACUCCAAUCAAUCAGAUGAAUCCAUAGAAACCCCAGGAACCUCUAACCAGACAGCGGUUCAGAUGCCUCUAAGGGCUCUACCAAUUCAACCUUUAGAUCCCAAUGGGGCUCCCCGGAUGGUAUAUACACAUCACCCCUUCUACACGGCAGACCUAGUCACAUGGUCGAAUCAGAUGCCUUCUUUGUUUUGUUUUGUUUUUAAAUGAUAUUUAUUCCAAAUUUAAAGUUACAAAAAAAAGAAAAAGAAAAACCAUACAAAAUACAAAGAAAACUUUAGCCAUAACAGAGCAAAAGAUAAACAAGUAAAAAGAACAAUAAGAUAGAAUAAAAAAGAAAACUUAACAAAAAAUAUAAAAAUACAUUAAGUUGAAAUAAAACAAAAGCAGAUUAAACCUUUACAUAACCUUUUCCCUUUACUUAUUUCCAUGACCUCCUCUCACCUCCCAAUUUUGUAUUCUAGUUCAGAUCGUGUUUCCAGCAAAUCCUUCUAACCUUAUUUUCAUUUACGUAUUUUAAAAUUCAAAUAAUGUAAUUAAACCUCCUCUAUUUCAUCAAUUUCAUCAACUCAUUUUUGCUUAUUCCAUUAUAUCAUAUCUACCAGAACGACCUAAUAUUCUUUUUCCAACCUCCUUCUAACAUUCUUUUAUAUUGCAAUACUUUUGAAGAUAUAUUUUGAAUUUUUCCAAUCUUCUUCCAUCGACCCUUCUCCCUGGUCUCGAAUUCUGCCGGUCAUCUCAGCCAGUUCCAUGUAGUCCAUCACUUUCAUCUGCCAUUCUUCUCGGGUGGGCAAUUCUUGUGUCUUCCAGUACUUCCCGAUGAGUAUUCUUGCUGCUGUUGUAGCAUACAUAAAGAAAGUUCUAUCCUCCCUUCGCACCAACUGGCCGACCAUGCCCAGAAGAAAGGCCUCUGGUUUCUUCAGAAAGGUAUAUUUAAAUACCUUUUUCAGUUCAUUAUAUAUCAUUUCCCAGAAAGCCUUAAUCCUUGGGCAUGUCCACCAAAGGUGAAAAAAUGUACCCUCCGUCUCUUUACAUUUCCAACAUUUACUAUCUGGCAAAUGAUAGAUUUUUGCUAGCUUGACUGGGGUUAAGUACCACCUGUAAAUCAUUUUCAUUAUAUUUUCUCUUAAGGCAUUACAAGCCGUAAAUUUCAUACCUGUGGUCCAUAACUGUUCCCAGUAAGCAAACAUAAUGUUAUGUCCAAAAUCUUGUGCCCAUUUAAUCAUAACAGAUUUAACCGUUUCAUCCUGUGUAUUCCAUUUCAACAGCAAGUUAUACAUUCUUGAUAAAUUCUUAGUUUUAGGAUCUAACAAUUCUGUUUCCAAUUUUGAUUUUUCCUCCUGGAAGCCAAUCUUCUUAUCUAAAUUAUAAGCCUCCCUUAUUUGAUAAUAAUGAAGCCAGUCUCGAACUUUAGUUUUUAAUUUGUCAAAGCUCUGCAGCUUUAGUCUAUCUCCAUCUUGUUCUAAAAUUUCACAGUAUUUUGGCCAAUUUGUCUCCAUAUUAGUUUUUUUCAGAGCCUUAGCCUCCAUUGGUGACAACCACCUUGGUGUUUUACUUUCCAACAAAUCCUUAUAUCUCACCCAGACAUUAAACAAUGCUUUCCUGACAAUAUGGUUCUUAAAGGCCUUAUGUGCUUUAACCUUGUCAUACCAUAAGUAUGCAUGCCAUCCAAAGACAUUGUUAAAACCUUCUAAAUCCAAAAUGUCAGUGUUUUCAAGAAGCAGCCAUUCUUUCAACCAGCAAAAGGCUGCUGAUUCAUAGUAAAGUUUAAAGUCUGGCAGGGCAAACCCACCUCUUUCCUUUGCAUCUGUUAAUAUUUUAAAUUUUAUUCUAGGCUUCUUGCCCUGCCAGACAAAUCUAGAAAUAUCUCUCUGCCACCUCUUGAAACAGUCCAUUUUGUCCACAAUUUGCAAAGUUUGAAACAAAAACAACAUUCUAGGCAAUACAUUCAUUUUUACCGCAGCGAUACGGCCCAGCAGUGAAAGCUUCAAAUUUGACCAAAUUUCUAAAUCUUUUUUCACUUCAGCCCAGCAUUUUUCAUAGUUGUCUUUAAAUAAAUUCCCAUUUUUUGCUGUAAUGUUAAUCCCCAGGUAUUUAACUUUCUUAACCACUGUUAAACCUGUCUCAUUCUGAAACCUCUCUCUCUCCAUUGGUGUUAAAUUUUUCUCUAAAACCUUGGUUUUUAACUUAUUCAAUUUAAAUCCUGCAACUUGACCAAAUUCUUGAAUCAGUUCUAAAACCCUUUUGGUACUAGAUUCUGGCUCCUGUAACGUCAAUACUAAGUCAUCUGCAAAUGCUCUCAAUUUGUACUGUUUGGCUCCGACAUGUAUACCUUUAACCAACUGGUCCCUUCUAAUCAUAUUCAGCAAAACCUCCAGGACCGAUAUAAAAAGCAAUGGGGAGAUUGGGCAACCUUGUCGUGUCCCUUUUUCUAUCUUAAAUUCUUCCGUCACCACAUUAUUUACAAUUAAUUUAGCCUUUUCUUCAGAAUAUAUUGCACUUAUAUCGUUUUCAAAGCCUUGGCCUACCCCCAUACCCUGUAAGUUCUUCUUCAUAAAACUCCAAGAAAUGUUGUCAAAAGCUUUCUCCGCAUCCACAAAUAUUAAAACUGCCUUAGUAUUUAUAUUCACUUGUAAUUUUUCUAAAAUAUUGAUUAUGUUUCUCACAUUGUCAGAUAGAUGUCUACCUGGGAGAAAGCCUGCUUGGUCUUUAUGUAUCUCUUCCACUAACACUCUUUUUAGUCUUUUAGCCAAGAUGUCUGCAAAAAAUUUUUUAAUCCACAUUGAGCAGUGAUAUGCGGCGGUAGUUCUUAAGCUGCGUCUUUUCAGUCUCUGUUUUCAGUACAAGUGUGAUAUACGCUCCUUUCCACGACUCUGGUGCCCUUUUCCCCUCCAUUAUCUCGUUGCAGACUUCUUUCAAAGGUUGUACUAACCAUUCUUUUAAAGAUCUGUAGUAUCUAGAAGUCAGUCCAUCCGGUCCUGGAGAUUUACCCAAUUGCAUAUUCUGAAUGGCACCUUCUAUCUCCUGUUCAGUUAUUUUAUAGUUCAACAUUAAUUUAUUUUCUUGAGAUUUUUUUGUAAUCCAUUUGUUUUCAAAAAUCGGUCUGCAUCAAUUUCUUUCUGUGGCCCUUGUGUAUAUAGUUGUUUAAAGUACCUCUGGAAACAAUUUCUAAUCUCAGCUGGGUUCUGUAUAUUCCUUCCUUCCACUUCUAAAUUUGUAACUGUAUUUAAUUUUUGUCUUUUUUCAUUUGCCAAGCCAGCAAUUUCCCACAUUUAUUAGCCGACUCGAAUGUCUUUUGUCUCAUUUGUUUAAUUUUCCAUUCUAUCUCCUGAUUCAUCAUUUUCAUGUAUUGCACUUGAUGUAACUUUAUUUCUCUCAAAAUCUCUUGCGACUUUGGUUUUGCUCUCAAUUUCUUUUCACUUUCCUUUAUUUUCUCCAAAAUUUUAUCCUUCUUCUCAUUUUGGAUUCUCUUCUUUAAUGCAUUCUGUUGUAUCAAGAACCCUCUCAUAACAGCUUUACUUGCGUCCCAGAUUACUCUGUUUCCACAUUGGUGCUCAUAUUUAUCUCAAAAUAAUCUCUCAAGGUUUUUUGGGCCUUCUUAAACACUUCUUCAUCUCUAAAUAAGGUGUCAUUCAUCCUCCAUCUGAAGGAACCGGUUGGUGUUAGUUUCAUUUCCAUCUUAACAGCAUUAUGGUCGGAGCAGGUUUUUGGGCAGAUUUCCACUUUUCUUGUCUUUGGUGCCAUUCCUCUAGUUACCCAUAUUUGGUCAAUUCUUGUCCAUGUCAUUUUGGCUUCAGAGAAGAAGGUUCCCUCUCUAGCCAAGGGGUUCUUUGUUCUCCAAAUAUCGACUAAGUCCAAGUUGUCUGUCAUCUCAAAAAAAGUUCUCGGUAGUCUACCAUUCUUAGUGACUACCUGUCUUUGUGCCUUGUCCAUGUAUGUAGAUACCACUCCAUUCAUGUCUCCCAUCAAAAUCACAUUAUAAUCCAAAUAGUCCAUCAAGGUCUCAUGCAACUUUUUUAAAAAGUCAGAUUUCCCCUCAUUUGGUGCAUAAACUCCUACUAUCAAAAAAUUUUCUCCUUGUAGUUGAAUUUCAAUUGCCACGAAUCUUCCUUGUUCAUCUUUGAAGAUAAAUUUCGGUAAUAGUCUCUCCUUUGCAUAAAUCACUACCCCUCUUUUUUUAACUUUGUCCGAUGAAAUGAACUCCUGACCCAGUCUUUUAUUAAUCAGUAGUUUCCUGUGUAGCCUUGUUACAUGUGUUUCUUGUAAACAAAUCAAGUCCAAUUGUUCCUUUUUUAAUAAAUGAAACACAGAUCUCCUUUUCUGAGGGGGUUCAAACCAUUACAAUUCCAACUUAGUAGUUGCAGAGCCAUGAUGUAGUUACUUUGCUUCUCCUCCAACUGCACCCAGUGCCUGUUCCUGAUCUGUCGGUGGUAUCCCCUUCUUCAGGCAGUCUUUUAAUUCAGGAGGUAAACCUGGUAUGUCUAAAGUUUCACUUACAAGUGCUCUUAACUCUCCUGCAACUUCCUUCUGCAGGUCUUCUCCGUGGUCUCUCCAAAAUUUAUCUUUGUCGUCCUCUGAUCUUAUUUUUAUCUUCUUGCCUUUGUAGCUAAAGGAUAGGCCUUGGGGGAAUUCCCACCUAAAAAUAAUUCCGUUACUUCUCAACAGGGCAACCAAAUCUCUAUAAUUGGACCUAAGGUCCAAAAGAUACUUCGGAAUAUCCUUAAAUAUCUCCACUUUUGACUGAUGUAUUUCCAAGGUCUUCUGGAAGUGCAGACUCAAGAUUUUGUCUCUCUCUUCUUUUGUUCGGAGGGUGAUCAAACAGUCUCUCACCCUGUUCCUCCUCCCUCCUCUUCCAAGCCUAAAGGCACUCACUAUCUUGAAGCUAUCCUUCUCCAAAUCUGGGUUCCAAAAGUCUGCAAAUUCCUGCGUAAGAAAGUCAAUCAAGUUGUCUUUCUCAAGUUCGGGUAUUGCCCUAAUCCUUAAAUUCGUUUGUUUCUCCUUCAACUCAAUCAUAGACAAUAUUGACCUGUGGUCUUCAAGUUGUUUGUGUAACGGUGGUAUCUUCUCUUCUACAACAGUGGCUGUAGCAGUUGCUGUUUCCUUUGCCUCUUCGGCUGUCUUUCGUGUCGAGGUGGAUUCCUGUAGUAAUUUAUGAAUAGUUUCUGUAUUGGUAUUUACCUUCUGUCCCAAAUUAUUAAUACUUGUAGUGUUUUGGUCAAUUUUGCCCGAUGCCUCGGCUACUUGUUUACUUAUUCUUUCCAAAGAUUCGUUAAUUUUACCUAGUGCCUGAGCCAAAGCAUCGUCAGCUGCCAUACCUUUGGGUUUAGGUUGUGCCGAUGAGGUUGCUGUUGGUAAACCAGAAGGGCCAGAUGUUGAUGCUCUUUGUUGCAGCCCACCGUCUGUGCGAAAUAGUCUGCCAGACCUCGUUGCUUGUAACAAAUCUAUCUUCUCCUUCCCAUCUGUCAUAACCCUCAAGAUAAAACCCAAGGUCAAUCUCACGAUCAGAGUUUGUUUUGAAGUGGAAAAUUCCCUUGGCCCAGCUGCUAUUGUAACAAUUUCAAACUUCUUCUAGGGGGACACAGUAACAGUCAAAAAUGUCUUAAAGUAAUUAACUUUUUCCUUUCGCCCCCCCAGUUCACAAAAAGGACAACAGUUUCAAUCUCAGUUGUUUCUUGUUACUUUAAAACCAGGAGAAGCCAGUCAGAAAUAUUGUAUCUUACUUGUAUCUCAGAUGCAGAGUUAACUGUCAAAGAGUACUUUCAGCAACAGCGCAUUUCACAAUACGGCUUUCUUACUGUUCACUGGGAACCCGUUCCAGGGUUUUAAGCGGUGGGUUUUAGCUUCUUUUACUCUCUUUUUUGCAGGGAAAUACAGUUCAGACCUUUCCCCCCUCCUCCCCUGCAAUCAAGGGGGGGGGAAAUCGCUUGUUUGAUGUUCGAAUUAUAAUCCUUUUCCAACGUCUUUUAAGGUUUCCGCUUACAAGUUCAUUGCUUUACUCCAUUUACAAGAACGGAAGGCAGACUUCCUUUUUAUGCCUCUCCGCUUCGGUGCCAAAUUAUUUGUAAAGUUCCUUUAGUUCCGAAAUUAGCCUACUCACGGAUCAUUGUUUUGCAGCCAAAUUGUCCCAGGAAAAAGGUAGCGCUCUCCGGUAACGGCUACGCGGCUUCGCUCCACGGAAGAAGCAGAUGACUCACAGCACCGCGCCACUACCCACUCCGCUCCGGAACCCGUAAACGGGCUCCUUUGCCAGUUGGGGGCGCAAAAGGUGCCCGCCGAGUCCCACGGUCACAGGCUUCACCCGCCUGUGGUUUUUGAAGGGUCCCCGCUUCGCCGUAGCGGUGAAGACCCGAUUUCCGCAGAGCCGGUUCCCUCCAAGUCAGAGGGAAUCCGGCAUUACCGAUGGCGCCACCCCGGAAGUCCUCGCCUUCUUCAGUCUUUCAAAGGAUUGCUGGGCACUUUCUGUCCAGGCGAACUUCCUUUUGCUACUGAGACAAUCUGUGAUGGGCGCUGUCAAGUGGGCGAAGUUCUUGAUGAACUUCCUGUAGAAGUUGCUGAACCCUAGGAACCUCUGCACAUCCUUCCGGGUUUGGGGGGCUUUCCAUUCCAGCACUGCCUGCACCUUGCUUGGGUCCAUAGGCCCUUGUCUGACAACUUGUACCCCAGAAACUCGACCUCUCUGGUGUGAAAUUGGCAUUUUUCCAGCUUGACCCACAACUGGUGCUUCUGCAGCCUCUUUAGCACUUCCCUGACGUCUCUGACAUGUUGCUUCUCAUUGUCUGAAUAGAUUAAGACGUCGUCCAAGAAGGCUACGCAGUUCUUGUACAGCAGGGGCCCCAACACGUGGUGCAUGAAUGCUUGAAAGCAGGCGGAGCCCGAUUGUAAUCCAAAUGGCAUGACUAAGUACUCAAAAGCCCCCAGGGGGGUGAAUAUGGUGGUUUUCCAUUCAUCCCCCUCCCUUACCCUGAUCAAAUUGUACACUCCCCUGAGGUCCAGCUUGGUAAAAAUUUUCCCCUGCCUCACCCGUGUUAAAAUGUCGUCAAUCCUGGGCAUUGGGAAGGUCACGGGUUCUGAUACCAGGUUUAACGCCCUGUAAUCUACAACUAAUCUAGGCUGAUUAGUCUCUUUUUUGUCCACAAAGAACACCGGACUGCCCCCCACCGCCUUUGAUUCUCUUAUGAACCCCCUCUUCAGGUUCUUGUCAAUAAACUGCCGUAACUCCUGCAUCUCCCUGUCCGACAUGGCAUACAGCUUACCCACCGGCAGCUGAGCCCCUGGGAUUAAGUUGAUUUAGCAGUCAAAGGGCCUAUGGGGGGGUAGUCUAUCCGCCUCCUUCUCGCUGAAGACUUCCUUUAGGUCAGCAUAUUGUGGUGGCACCUCCCCCUUUGUUUCCACCGCCAGCCCAGCCACCCUGGCCACUGUCAUUCUUGGGGUUCCCCCCCCAGACAGUGUUCCAAGCAGUAAGCUGACCCAAAGGUGACUGACCGCUGAUGCCAUGACACUACUGGAUCAUGCAGUGCCAGCCAGCUCAUCCCCAGUAUUAUUGGGGGUCCUGCCAGUGUGGCCACGUGAAAGGCAAUGGUCUCCGUGUGCCUGGAAACCCUCAUUCGCAUUGGCGGGGUCUGGUGUGUCACUUCCCCUCCCAGAAGUUCCCUGCCAUCGAUGGUGGUCACUUGCAAGGGAAAAUCCAGGGGUAGCAAGUGUAGUUGGUGCUCCAAAGCGAAGUCCCUGCUGAAGAAAUUGCAGGAGCUGCCCGAAUCCAGCAGCCCCUCAACCUUGACUGGGUGCCCAUUCGGGAGUUCUAGCACCACUGCUAUGGCUAUAGCUGCCCUGGGGGGGGUCAGGCUGGGGCACUUCUAUUGGUUGCUGGCCUGGCUGCUGGCCCCGCUGGUUGGCAGCCAGGCGUUGUCGUUUCCCUGCGCCUGCCCUUCCUCCCCCUUCUCCUCACAGCCAGCAGCCCCUACCAUCCCUUGCCAGGCCUUUCUUUGAGGGCAGACCCUUGCAAAAUGUCCCGGCCGUUGGCAGAGGAAACACUUCUUGGUGGUUUUCCAAUCCUUCCCCUCCCUCUUGCGACCUUCACUGGAGUUUGAAACCUCGCGCGCGCGCCAUCUAUUUCCAUUGGCUCAGCCGCCUGGGAAAGCUGUCUCGGUAUUUCAGGAAUGCGGUAGUCAUGGCAACAUUCCCCUAUUACUUCGCGUUUCUCCUGAGCCCGCGCUUCCUGCUGCACUCCAAUCACAAGCACAGCCUUGGUCAGCUGAUCCAUCGACUGUGGGUGGGGCGCGCGGGACAGCUCGUCCUUCACCGUUGGGGACAACCCCUCCUCAAACAACAUUUGAAUAGGUUCAGAGUCCAGAUCCCACCCGAGCCGGUGGAUCAACAUUGCAAAGCGCGACCAGUAGUCUCUAACUGACUGGCUCCCCUGCUUGCACCCCAUCAGUUCUCGCCGAGUCACAAUUUGCUGCACUUCACUGGAAUACAUCGCAUCCAUUGCCUGGAAGAAUUUCUUAAGGUCCUUCAAGGCAUGAUUUUGCAUCGCCAUAAGGGGCCUGAUCCAUUCCCGUGCCCCAUCCUCCAGAUGCCCCACAAUGUAGGCUACCCUUUGCCCAUCGUCAGCAAAGUCAUCAUGCUGCAGUUCCAAAGCGUACUCUGUUUCCGUUCGGAACGCAUUGUAGUCCUGGGGUUUCCCCCCAAACUUGUGUACCAGCCCCGGUACCUUCCUUGCGAUGGGGGUGGGCCUGACCUGAGCAUCCUGAGUGCCUCUUUCGUCCAGCCGCGCCGUCAGGAGAGCUACAUGCUGUUCCAAGUCUCGGUUUCUCUCUACCAGACCUUGCACUCCAGCUGCUUGCUCCGUCUCUCCGGCUCCUCUGGUCUGGCUCAUCGUGCUGCCUCUCUGGAGCUGCGCACAAGCAACGUCGGGGACUGACAGGUUGCUGUAAUGGAUUUAGGGGUUGCUCGUGCGUAAGUUGCCGCCACUCCUGGCUAGGUUACCUGGUUAAACCCUUUCUGACUGAACAGCCUCUAGCAUCGUGACUGUCUCAGUUGCUGGCAGAAUCCGUCAGUGGGCGUUUCUUAAAUUUCUUCCAGCACAAAAGUUCUUUGACGCCUAGUCUCCCUCCGCAGGGAGGGUGUGGGCAGCGGAGGACCCGUACUCUCUCCGCUGGUCUCCGGCGAGGAGUCUUGGAGCCUCCUCUCCGAUUCCCCCAUCUGCCCCCCUUCUCUACUGGUGUUACGCUGAUUUCCUUCCCCAGCGGAAGGGCUGCCUCUCUCCCUACUGGGACCCUCUCUGGCAUCCCUCUGGAGCCUUCCCUCCGCCUUCCCUCCGCCUCUAGCUCCGAUGGCAGUUCCCUGACAACGAGGUUAUCGUAAAGGGCUUCUUUAAAGAUCAAGCAAGCCCAGACAUAAGGAAGGCUCUUAAACUCCAGAUUGGCUACGACAGGAAAAGCAUAAGUGAGAUCCUGUCGAUAGCCAAGUCCAUGUACAACUCUCGGGAUGAGAGGAAAUGAAAAGACCCCAAGCCCGACACAGAACACGUGUUAGCUUUGAGCAUGGAACCCAACCCCAAUCAGGGUAGAGGUAUCGGUCAAGGAAGGGGGGUCCGGGGAGGAGGACCCCCUAACCCCUACAGGCAGUGGGGGCCCACCACCGGAGGAUGUUAUCAUUGCCAAGAGGAGGGGCACAUAAAAAGGUUCUGUCCAUAUCUUAACACAGGAGCCUACGGGGGGGCAGGAAUUCAAACCUCCCUACGAGAAAACCAGCUAUGCCCCUUUCCCAUCCUGUCCCAACAUAACCCAGGGAUAUGGGAAUCAACCAUCUACAACCUAUGCCCCGCAAGCGCCCCCUGCACCCUACAGCCCGCAGAUGCCUCCACUUCAACCCCCCCAGAACCACCAACCGCAACCAAGUCCGAGGACUCAAAUGCCCACCAUAAAUCCACCUAACCCCCACCAGAUCAACACUACCGCUCCACCCCUACACCCGCCAAAUCAACCACCUCCUUCUCUCGACAUGAUGGGAGAUGGAGAGCCAUAUUGACAACUAAAAGGGGAUCCCAACCCAACCCAAGCCAUUUGUCCCGUUCUGGCACUGUCACCAGAAGACCCCGUUUGUACAAUUGAAAUUGAUGGCCAUCCCUACCAAUGCUUAUUAGAUACGGGAGCCACUUAUUCCACCUUAACCAACAGCCACCUCGAACCAGGAUCGGAGACCAGAAAGGUCAUGGGGCUGGAUGGGAUACCCCGCACUUGUCCGCUCUCACACCCAGCUAAAGUCACUCUCGGACCCCUACUGGCAGAACAUACCUUCCUCUUGACCAGUAGUCCUGUAAACUUACUCGGUAGAGAUUUGCUCUGCAAAUUAAAUGCCACCAUAAAAUGCUCCGGAGAUGGCAUAUACUGGUAUAUGCCCGAAGAAUCUGUCCCAACAUUUCAAGGCAUAAUAAAAGACGCUAGAUCAGACCACCAAUUCCCCGAACUCCUCCCUAGAGAACGAACUGCCCCCUUCAUUAUGGGGCACAGUCAACUUCUGUAGGACUUCUAAAACCGGCCAUCCCAGUCAAGAUUACCUAUAGGACCGACCUUCCUUUCCCCUGCACCAAACAAUACCCUUUGCCGAAGGAAGCCAUAGAGGGACUGACGCCUAUGAUUGAGGGCUUCCUCGAAAAGGGGAUCCUGGUUCCCUGUGCGUCACCUUGCAACACCCCUGUACUCCCUGUAAAGAAACCUUCAGCAGAGGGAGCCCCAGUUCGUUAUCGUUUUGUCCAAGAUUUAAGACUGGUUAACCAAUUCAUAAUACCUCGCCACCCAGUGGUGGGCAACCCAAACUCUCUUUUAAACUCAAUCCCGGCGGGGACAACCUGGUAUACCGCUGCAGACUUAUGUUCCGCAUUCUUCAGCAUUCCCUUAGACCCAGCGAGCCAGUUCCUUUUCGCAUUCACCUGGGGACCUAGCCAACUAACUUGGACCAGGCUGCCCCAGGGUUAUGCGGAAUCGCCCGCGAUUUUUUCCGCAAUACUACAUCAGGAUCUGCAGGACGUUCACCUGCCUGCUGGCUCCACCUAUUUGCUUUACGUUGAUGACAUACUUAUUUAUUCUACCAGUGAGGAGGCAUGCAAAUUAGACACCAACCACCUCCUUUUAGGGCUGGCAUAUAAGGGACACAAGGUGUCCCCAAAAAAACUACAAUACUGUAAACAAGAAGUGAAGUACCUUGGGCAUAUCCUUGGGAUAGGUACCCGAAGCCUAGCGACCGAUAGAAUUGAAGCAGUCACCAAAAUUCCCCUCCCCAAGACAAAGCGACAACUGCGCGGCUUCCUCGGAAUGGCCAGCUUCUGCCGGGCUUGGAUUGCCGGUUAUAGCGAAAUAACAAAACCCUUAUCUGCCAUGACCCGCCAAGAUCAUCCUGAUGAAUUGGUUAGGGAAGAAAAGGCUUAUAACUCUUUUGAACGUCUAAAAAGGGAAUUAAGAUCUGCCCCCGCCUUGGGCCUCCCAGACUACUGCAUGCCCAUCAACCUGUUUAUUCACAAACAAAUGGGCGUAGCCUCAGAGGUUCUCACUCAACCCUUCCAAGAUCAGGAAAGACCAGUAGCGUAUUACAGCCUACAGCUGGAUAAUACUGCAAAGGGAGCAGUGAGUUGCCUGAGGGCUAUUGCCGCCGCUGCGAUCCUCCUUGAAAAAGCACAAGAGACAAUGUUGGGACAUGAAAUCACCAUCCAUGUCCCCCACAUGUUCUCAACCUUCCUAACCCUGAGAGGCUGUCACCACUUCUCGAAUGCCCGUCUAAACCGAUACAAAGCCCUCCUGUUAACUCCAUCAAAUGUACCUAUUAAACGGGUCAACUCGCUUAACCCAGCCACUCUGUUACCCCUUCCCAAUGAUGGCACCCCACACCAUGAUUUCACCACAAUAGUCCGCCAAGCCGAGAACCCCCCAGAAGAUUUAGAUCACCUUCCCUUAGAAAAUCCUGACUUAAUUCUGUAUACCGAUGGCAGUUCCAAAGUCAUAGAUGGAGAGAGGAAAACCGGAUAUGCCGUGGUUUCUGACUUCGAAGUCUUAGAGACAAAUCCUAUCAACCCGCAGUACAGCGCCCAAGCCGCAGAAUUAAUUGCCCUCAUACGCGCUUGUGAAAUUAGUGAAGGCAAAAGAACCACAAUUUACACAGACAGCAAAUACUGCUUCGGGCUGGUACACACAACCGGCCAGAUCUGGCUCCAGAGAGGCUUUCUAACUGCAGCCGGUUCCCAAAUCUCACACGCUGCCCUAGUGGAGAGACUGCUAACAGCCAUCCAUAUGCCCAGUGUGAUAGCAGUCGUUCAUUGCAAGGCGCAUACCAAGGGAAGGGACUCAGUCUCUAAAGGUAACAGACGAGCUGAUAGAGCAGCCCAAAUGGCCACGCUUCGCCCCCCAAACGAUGAGACCGAAUUCCAAGGCAUACAGUUCCCUGCCGACGUUGACCUUACACAAAUAUACAAAUUGGCUCCAGAAGAGGAAAAAAGCAUGUGGGGGUCUCUGGGCGCGACGGAACAAAAUGGCAUCUGGGUCCUCCCUCAUGGCAGAACCGUCCUGCCAAAAGCCUGGACUCCAAAAUUAGUGAGGAUCCUUCACCAACAGACUCAUUAGGGAAAGGGAAGACUAAUAGAGCAUGUCAAGAGGUCCUGGUUCACUCCAGGGAUAGCAGCCGCAGCUACAGCAGCCUCAAAGAACUGCAUCACCUGCCACAACUUCAACCCCAAGCGCGAGCCCAGGAAACCCCCAGGAGCUAGACCAUGGGCUUUUGUUCCGUUUGAAAGUUUACAACUGGACUUUAUUGACUUACCCCAAUGUCAGGGCUUCAAACAUGCCCUAAUCAUAGUGGACAAAUUCUCUUCCUGGGUGGAGGGAUUCCCCUGCCGGAAAGCCACCGCUUCAGUAGUCGCUAGGGCCCUUUUACAGGACAUUAUUCCCCAGUAUGGAGUACCUCGUCGGUUGGACAGUGAUAGGGGAAGCCAUUUUACUGCCGAAGUAGUACAACUGGUGGCCAGGGCUCUCCAAAUAAAAUGGAAUCUCCAUACGCCAUAUCAUCUGGCUUCAUCUGGACAAGUAGAGCGUAUGAACCAAGAAGUGACGGCACAGCUGGGGAAACUUUGCAGCAUUACCGGACUGAAAUGGGUAAAUGCGCUCCCACUGGUCCUCCAUAACAUACGGAGUGCACCCACUGGACCUUUAAAACUGUCCCCGUUUGAACUUCUAUUCGGUAGACCUCCUCCUGUCUAUAACACCUUAUUCCCCCCUCUCAGAACUCGAGGUGGGGGAAGCGGAACUUACUAACUAUGUCAUUCAGCUUCAGAAACAACUACAACGCCUCCACCAGUACGCAGCGAUCGAAGGACAGAACCUGCCCAUUGACGUCCCAGCCCACUCCUUCCAUCCGGGUGACUGGAUCCUGGUCAAGGUAUACCAGAAACUGCCCCUCCAGCCUGCCUGGGAAGGCCCUUACCAAGUGCUUCUAACCUCGCCAACUGCUGUGAAGGUGGGAGAGAAGAACGCGUGGCUGCAUCACACGAGGUGCAAGGUGGCACCGCCACCCCAGGAGGUGCAGGAGAGCCACAGAGAAGACUACACCUUUGAAACCCCGCCUUCCGCUGCGACCUCCUACAUUGACAAUGACGAGGAACAGACCGGACCAGAUCGGGGUCAGAAUCAGGCCCAACAGACCGGACCAGAUCGGGGUCAGGAUCGGGCCCAACAGACCGGACCAGAUACCACCUCUUCACCCAACUGGACCUCCGAGAUCGUCCCGGACACCGACGCCAUCAAACUACGCUUCAAACACGUAUGACAGCUCUUCGUUUGACAGCUCCUUUGACAGCUCUACUCACCGCUUCGCCGCUUCCUUUCUGCCCUUCGUCUGACAGCUCAACUGACAGCUCCGCUUAACAGCCCCGCAUUUGACAGCUCGCCUCUUCUUCCCUUCCCUUCCCUUCCGCUGCUCAACUCACAAUCUAUUGCUACUCAACUCCAAGGCUGAACAUGAACUUAAUCCCCACCUUUCUUAUCCUCUCCACCCUGACUGGGAUCUCCGCUUUUGCGCCAGACCAUUGUACUGGAUUACAAACUAACUACCAUUUCUUAGACUACCAAAGUAUCGAAACUGGGGGAAAGUCGAACCCCGAUCAAAUGGGGGACUUUGACUUCUGUCUCCCUGAGUCCCGAACUUUGCUGCGCCAUUUGCUAAUACCUCAGCUCACCGAUGACCAAUCCUGGGAACUUUUUAUUCGGGACCGGAAUCUGCAAUGUAUAGGGUCAGCUGCCCUCACCCUUGACAAUCCAUACUACUGACUGAGAUGCAACAAUGGAACUUAUCUUCUUUAUGGCAACAGGGAAGUCUCAAAGGCUCCAAAUUGGACUGAGAUCAAGAUCGGAGGGGCCACACACGUGUUCACAGACUCUAACCACCCCUCCGAAAAUUUGAUCUUCAGGUUCCAAUGCCUUCUUAUGACUCCUGAGCCCCGAAAACCCCAACUCCAAGGACUCUGUCUAAGGCAGUUCUGUUGCCUGUGGAACCUUGGACUCACUCACGACUGGAAGGAAGCCGAGUAUCUGGAAGGUUGGCACCACCCUAUACACCCCUCCUGUUCCCCUGUAUGGGACAAUGCCGGACCUCUGAGGUGCGGAGGAAUUGCAAAGGACAGGCGGCUCCUUAACACCCCUGACCCACUGCACCCAGUUGGUACUGCGCCCCGGCAGCUUGGCACUGGCCUUUCCUUCCCAGGGGAAGAUCUCCUUUCAUCCUGAGAACAGAACUCUUAUAUCAAACUCCUCAGUCAAGUAGCCAAAGAAGCCCCCUAUCCAGACUGUUGGAUCUGUGCCCAUGUACCCAGCCACCUCCAACAGAGCCUUCCCCUUGUUCCAGUACCAGUUACGUUGGAACAAUUUUGUUCCGGGGAUGUUACCUCAUGGAACUUGACUGCGCUAAAUCUGACACACCAGUACCUAUACCUCACAGGUCCAACAAAGGGACCCCUCUGCCACCGCUUCACCGGAGAAGGAACCUCCAUUGGGUCCAGUACAUGCAGUUCCAAUCUUGAGAUCUCAACCACCGGCCAAGUCACUGUCAUCAAUUCAGCAGGUUCCCAGACUUUUCCGAAUCUUACCCUCGCUUGGGCAAAUGCUGUUGUUCACCCACCCACCUGGAAACCUCAACACUCGGUCUUUAUGCUAUUACAGACCUUUGCUUCAGGCCGGAUGGAAUCCUACCACAGCGGCUUAUUCUGGGUGUGUGGACACCACGCAUACACCUGGAUAAGCCCACACAUGUCUGGAUCCUGCUUUGUCGGAUACAUCGUCCCGCGAAUCAGGGUGAUCCCGCACCUGCCUCCCGGGAGACAGAGGAACAAAAGGGAGCAGAAGGACCUGUCAGACCUCUCUGACGUCGCUGCAAAUGGGGAAACUGUGGGUCGAGCGUUGUUCCCUGCUUAUGGAGCUGGAUCUAACCACGUUGACACCCUCAGACUCACUGGCAUCCUCCUCAAAUUCAUGCAGGAAGCUACCCAGAUAACGGACUCCCUGGUGUCUGAACUCUCUGAGGUAAGACAACUUAGUUUACAGAUGAGAAUUGCUACGGACUUUUUACUGUCCAGCCAGGGAGGGACAUGUGCCUUGAUAGGUGCUGAAUGUUGUACAUAUGUGACUGACCAAUCUUUGAACAUCACUGGACAUUUAAACAAUAUCCAUGAACUGGCAGGGAGAUUGAAUGACAUACAGCAUGAAGGGCUGUCCGAUGUUGACUUGUGGGGUUGGCUGCCAAAGUUAGGGUGGCUCUGACUCAAAGCGAUUUCCCCCCCGUCAUUAUCGUUAUUCUCUGCAUUUCUGUCUUCUGCUGCGCUAUACACUGUAUUAGUCCGUGUUGCUCCCUCCUGCACUGCCCUGCUCAACCUACCUCCUUUUCCCUUGCAGCUUAUUCCCGCUCACAAGCCAUCCCCACCUUCCCAGAGUAUGUACAAAUGAGGCACUUGGGGGAAGGGGAGUAUGAGAUCACUGAGAUUUAGGGUGCGGAGAAAGGAUUUGCAAGUUCUUACAGAACUUUGAUGCAAAUCUAUCUCCGAAUGGGGGACUGAUACGGAAGGGGGGGGCAUGUCUUCUCCACCCAUUUUGCCAGUCACCAGAGGGUUUGAGGCGAUGACCUCAAGGGGCACAUGACCCCACAGGAACCCCAGUCCCUGCACUGUUACACAAGCACCACACUCAACCCCAAACCCCAUGAAUAAAAGUGCCUUUUCCCGUUCCUACGCCCGUUCGUUACAAUGAGUAGACCGGGCGAAAUAAGCCCGAGCGCCUUAUUUCUCCCUCCCGCCCUAUUGUUUCCAUUGGUAAACCGUAUGAAGUAGUAAUAUGGAUCUUAUGAAUGAACUCGCCUAUUUGCGUACUGGAGCAUUCUACCCAAUCAGAACAAUGCAUUCGGCUUGCAGAGCUAGCUCAGCUCGAGCUGUUGCACGCCUCAUUUAACCUUUGACAAGCUGCUGACAGCUCCCCGCUGCGAGAACAAUGGAACCGAAACCUCGUAAACUUCUAAUCCUGUCAAAUCUUGCUACAAUGUAUCCAGCUAUUUCCGAAUUCGACUGCCACUGCCUAAAUGAACUAAAAUACACAAAAAUUCAUAGAAAAUCAACCGUAGCACUGAUUUUCUUGCUUUCGGUGCCAAUCUGCUCAAUUUCUCUACGACUUCAAGACUCCUCUGGUGUCCUCCAUAAUCCCCCAAGCGAGAUGUCACGUACACUCAGGAAGACCCUAAUCCUGUCAAAUCACCCUGCCAAGCCUUUCCUCCAGGCAGUGCCAGGUGACAGACUUUGCAAACCUGGACUCUAUUGUACAUCCUGAUUUGACUCAGGAUGUACUUAUCUGCGCAUAUCUCCAACUCUGCAUAUUCCCCCCUCCCUCCUCCAUAUGUUAAUUCUGUGUAACCCAACCCUUUCUUGAUGUAUUCAUGAUGUAACCAUGAUGUAUUGAUGAUGUUUCUGCACUGUAACAUGGGAAAUGGAGGGAAGUUUUAAAAGUUCAUGUCACCCCAUCCUCAGGGUUCAAUCUCGCCUUGAACCUGUUGCGCAAUAAACAUGGAUCUUCUGCAUCUUGCUACUGUCUCCAGCUGCGCUCUUUUGUUCCACAGGGACCGCGGACUUAGUCCGACGAGCCGGGUGGCAGAGCAGCCUCGCACCCGGAUUUUACCGUAAUAUUUGCCGCCCAACGUGGGGUGUUGCGGUUCUCCCAUGUUGCUGACCGGGGCCCCUGAAGUCUUCAGCCAGCACUGGGCCGCUUUGCCCGGGAAGACACCUACGGAUUUUACCGUAACAACACGAAACGGUUUAUGAUGCUUCCAGGAACACAGAAACUCCUCCUGCCUCUGCCUCUGGAGUGGGGCAUCAGGAAAGGCCUCUUUAUCUCUCUGAAAAGGGGAGGACGGGGGGGUCGGGAGGGGAGAAAGUCCCAUGUCCACCCCAUCCCCCCCAUUUUGGGUUCUUCCGGGGCCCGUUUCCCAUGACGCCCCCCCCCCCCGAUUCUGGACUCACUGCCCCGGGACUGGGAGAAGGGAUCGAGGAUCCUGUAGUUGCGCCGGCAGAAGGAAUCCACGUAGGCCAUCUGGCCCCGCAGGAGGUCCUUGUCCUGGUUAAAUCUCUUGGCUUCGGGCUCCCCCAGUUCAGCCACUGCCACGAACUUCUCUCGGUCGCUGUCGAAGUAGUAUAGCUCCUGCUGGCCGAAGAAGUAACUGUGUAGGAAGCGGAUCCGCUGCGUCCCAUUGAAGAAGCGGCACUCGGCCCUCUUCUGGUGCAGGAAAUGCUCUGUGGGGGGGGGGAGAGAAUGAAAUUGGGGGGUGGAGACUUCCGGUUUCCAGUUGCCUUAAGGGCGCAGCUCCCACCAUAGCGGAGAGUUGCCCCCACCGGGCGGGAGAGAGAUGGUCUCUCUCUAUCUCCCAUUACAGUAUCUCUCUCGUGUCACGUGAUCCCAUGGCGGGGGGGGGGGAGAGGCUGGCCGGUGUGGAGAAGGAGGCACAACCUCGAAGACCCUGGACCCCAUGGGCGUAGUCAGGAUUUAUGCGGGGAGGCGGGAACCAAGCUUUGUUUAAUUUAUUUAAGGGGGCAGCUGCUCCCUGCCCCCGAUGGCUACGCUCAUGCUUCUCUCCAGUUUUUUUAAAAUGUAAACCUCCCUCCCCCCUUUUAUUGCCCUCCGGCUGGAAGAGGAAAUUUUUGGGGGGAGAGACCAGGAAAAGGGCGAGAUGCCGAGGAGAGGGGGAGACACGGUUUUACUUUCGCUUUCCCUGCCACAGAGCAGGAAGUGACGCCUGUCUACACUGGAGCCCAUUUCAGUUCCCAGAGGACCCCAAGGGGGGGGACUGGGAGAGGGGGCCUGCCGCGAGAGGGGGGGAGUUCAGGGUCCCAGGAGCAGGGAGCCAUUUGCCCCACUUUUGCUGCUGCUUCAUGGACGUAGCCAAGGGGAACAGGGAGGGGCAACUGCCCCCAUCAAUAAAAACCAAUAAAAAUACAUAGCAAACUGAGGUUUCCCCUCCUAACAAAAGUCCUGCCCCCCCCCCAACAAAAAUCCUGACUACACCCCACAUACCUGUGUUAAAAAAGGUAUAUUUAUGCGGUAUGUGGAAUCAUUUAUAGAGUUAAGAAUUGGUUACAAGAUCUCUUGGAUAUGAUGGGAGAUAAAUGGACUAAUAAUGAUGAGGAUGAUUUUGAGAGGCAGGUGAAGAAGCGCUCAGGGCCAGAUUCAGCUGCCCCCCCCCCGCGCCCCCCAAAAGUCCCCUAGGGCUGCCUGCCAUCAUCUGUCCUGCAGGAAGACUAUUUAAUGUGUGAAUACUGUGGGUUUAUUAAAAUUCAAUUGAAUGUUACUUGUAAGCUGUGGGGUAGGAUUUUAAUCCUGAAAGGCGGGAUAUAAUGAAUUGCAAUAAUUAAAUGCUCUCUUCUUCCCAAUCCCAGAAGCCUGAGCUGCUCUUUUUCAGAGGGGGGAGUGUUUCCCCUUUCCUCCUGCCCCUUUGCCCCCGGUGUCCUGGAAGAAACAAAGAUCCCCCGUGGGGAAGCAAGGAUUCUUCAACAUCAACUUCGCUGAAUCAAACCAUGUUGUUCGGAUGCCAGAUUAUCAUCUUCCAAAGCAACUACUCUAUUCUGAACUUAAAAAUGGAAAGCGUAAUGCUGGUGGGUCAACAAAAGAAAUUUAAAGACUCUUCCAAGAAAAAUCUUUUAAAAUGUAGUAUAAACACCAGCAACUGGGAAACACUGGCCCGCGAGCGCUCCAUUUGGGGAACAGCCUUGACCAAAGGCGUCAUGGACUUUGAAGACACUUGAACUCAGGACGCAAGGGAGAAACGUGCAAAGAGGAAGGCACGCCUGGCAAACCCUCAAGGGAUCAACUCCCGCCCAGAAACCAAUGUCCCCACUGUGGAAGGACGUGUGGAUCCAGAAUUGGUUCCACAGUCACUUACGGACUCCCUGUUAAGAUCAUGGAAGACCAUCUACAAGUGAUCGUCAAAGGAGCCCCACCGAUGGGGGUCCCGCUAAGCGGAGUUUCCUCUUCCUUCUCCCCCCAUUGCAGAAUCCUGGCUCACCUGGAGGCGCCUCCACGCCCAGCCCCUCCGAAGCGGAGACCACCAGCGCCCCCAUCCCCAGCAGGAGCCCCCCAAAGGCCAAAGGCGCAGCGCCGGAGCCCCCCAUCCUUCUCUCUUCUUCGCCCCCCCGAAGACUCCCAAAUGGGACUUUCUCCGCUCAGCCCCGGGGGAAACUCCUGCAGGCCCCGCCCAAUCCACCUCUCCGCCCUGCGAGCGUCCAAUCCGCCUCCGAGCCCAGGCAGCGUCAUCGGUCGCCAGGCAGGGAACUCCUGGAAAGAGGAUUAUCAAGGGCUCUCUCUGCUGUCGUUCGAUCUGCAAGUUCCUCUUUGCCUUCUCAGCUGCUUCUGAUGUCUCCAUUGUUGCUGCGUCGCGUGUGAAUCAAGAUCUUCCCCAGAAAACCUUGGGGGGGAUAUAAAGCUUAACAAGAAUCUGUCAGUUCCAACCAAAACUUUACUCUGGCAGCAAAAAGGGGAAUUUCAGACUCAGGCUUCAAAACAGCGAGAUGCGCUUUUCUUCUGUUGCGUUUUAAGCCGCUAAACCUUCGUUCCUUCAUGUAUCCGGAACGAGGAAGGAAGUUUCAAGGGGGGAAUAACUGUCUCCUAAGGGAGGGGGCUCCCCCUCUUGGCCCCCCAGCCUGCAUCCCGAGGAGACCUGGCAGCCCCCCAGUAAGGAGACCCCACCCCCCAAUAAAAGCCCCCUCCAGCCCCCAGCUCCCCUUUGCAAGAAACAUCCCUGGUGCUGGUGUCUGAGGAGCCCCAUGAAGAAACACCCACGGGGGAGAAAGAGAGGAGCCCCCGCAGCCCGUUCUCUGGAGGAGACCCCUCCCCUCUUGGGGAGAUCCAGCCCCCCCCCCAAAAAAUAUUCGCUGCCCUUUUUCUGCUGCUGUUUUCGCUCCGUCUCCGGCUGAGGCUCCUGCCUGGGGAAGGUUUACCUGGAGACAGGCUGGUCAUCGCCAGGGCGCUUUCUCAUUGGCCGAGCUGGCAGGGACUUUUCUGCUCCGCCAAAGCCGCCCCCUGGCCGCCCCCGCCCCACAGCCACUUGGAGGGCGAGCAUCCAGGAGGAAGGGGCAAGGGACACUUGGGCUUGAAUCGCCCCUCGCCCGCCUCGGCCCAGGAAGAGCUGCAGAGAUGGAGCCCAGAGGAGGAAGAGGAGGAGGAGGAGGAGGAAGAGCCCUUUGCUGCCUCUGGGCGACCCUCCUCCUCGCCCCGCCAAGGGGGGCCGGAGCCCUGAAAGGUCAGGGGGCGCAGGAGGGAGGGGGAGAUGCCUGGGGAGGGGUCCGGAUCUGCGCAAAACUCUCUGAUCCUCUUGUUCUGGUGCCUCCUCCUCUUUAGGAGAAUGGGGAGCUAAAGUAUAUGAAGCUGCUAAGUCUGAAUCAGCAUCAGACUCUCCUGAGGCUUUUGGGCUCUGGUAAUCUGUGCCACCAUCUGAAUCUACAUUGGCAUCAGGAUUAUCAAUCACAUCAGAACUUGCCUCCCUCUUAACUGUCUUUGCCCCUUUUGCACCAUCAUCACAAAUGGGAUGGUACUGAAAAACGCCAACUCUGUCCCAUUGUGGAUUGUCGUCAAUACUCCUGGUCAGCCUUAUGGUUUUCGUGUCUGUGAUCAGGACACGAUAAAACCCUUUCUCAUACCCUAGGAAAACACCAUGUUCUCCACGCUUACUCAGUUUGUCACCCUGUGAGGUGUGCACCCAAACCUCUGACCCAAAAAUUUUAAAAUGCUUUACACAUGGCUUUCUUUUGUGAAGCAUCUCGUAUGGGGUGCAACUUACAGCGGACUGGUACCUCCUGUUAUACACGUGACAGAAAAACGAAAGAGCUUCGGCCCAAAAGGGAUUGGGCAGUCCCGAAUCAUGUAACAGUGUUCUGAUUCCUUGCUGCAGGGUCUGGUUUAUUCUCUCACAUAAACCAUUCUGCCAGGGUGAUCUGGGCGUGGCAGUCCUAUGCUCAAUGCCCUGUUCAGAAAGAAAGCCUCAAACUCCUCUGAACAAAACUCACCUCCCCUGUCAGUGAAAAUACAACGUACGUUCUCAUUAUGUACAUUUCUGAGCCAUUUACAAAACUGGCAAAACUUAGUAAAGGCUUCAGACUUUUUCUGCAACAUAUAGACCCAUACAUAUCUUGAAUAGGCAUCUAUCAAAACCAUGAAAAACCUUGAAUUGCCUCUAGAGAGCGCUAGAGGCCCCACUAAGUCUGCAUGAAUGACUUCGUAUGGUUUCUUGGCCUCUCUCCUAGACUCUGUACCUUUGGGGGCUUGCCUUGCCUUACUCUCAGCACAAGAAACACAUUUCAUGUGGUAGGGCCAUUCUUUCAACUUCAUACCCUGAACCAUAUCAGGCAUUUUUGCCACAGCCUGGAAAUUCAAAUGACCAUAAACACGGUGGUAAUAAUGAAUACAUUGGUCAUGCAACUUCUCAUUCUUAUCAACAGAUAAAUUGCAACACUCUUUCUCAGUUGCUUCUGCAGUACCUGUACCUGUAACAAAAGGCAAUUGGUACAAACCAUUAACACAUUUUGCAUAUAGAAUAAGCUUGCCAUCUCGACGAAUUUCACAGCGAGAUUUAGCAAACACCACCUUAAAACCCUGACGAUCAAGCUGGGAUACACUCAACAAAUUGUCCUGAAUAUCAGGUGCAUACAGGACAUUCUUAAUUGUUGCAUUCAGGCUCUUUAAGAACACAGUUCCCUGAGCCAAACUCGUGAGAACAGUCGCAUCUGCUUGAUGAAUUGCUUUCUCUUGCUUCUUAAGCUGAAUAAAGAGACUUUCAUCUUUGGCCACGUGGUUGGAACAGCCAGAGUCGAUCACGAAGAAACUCCACCCACGUUGAUUGGAGCAGCGAGAGAUCAAAGCCUUUGAAGUAGCAGGUGCUUGGGGAUUUUGUCCUCCUCCCCCUCUGCCUUUGAAGUUUCCCUUCUUCUUUGAAGAUUUCUUGCUGCACUGAAAACUCAGAUGGCCUUGUGCUCCACACGAAAAGCACAGCUUCAAUUUCAAAGCUUUAACAGCAGCAGUUUCACUUUCACUUUCCCCUGCUGGAGACUUAGGCACAUUUUCAAGCACAUUUUUAACAGCACCAUUUUCCUGGCUUUCUCUAACAGCCUGUCUGCGAUCCCACUCAUUCAAGAGCACGCUAGACACAUAAUCUUCCGUUAGCCGGUCAGAAGGCAUAGUAGAAAUCUGGGCAGCUACUCCAUCGUAAGAAUCGUCUAGGCUAUUUAUCAUCAGCAUUGCAAACACAGCCUCUGAAAUAGCCAGGUCUCGCUGAACAAGGUCCUGUCUGAGACGCUUUAACUGAGAUAGAUGGCUAGGCAAAUCACCACCUUUCUCCAACUGCAGCCUGCACAGCUUCUUAAAGAAAAUCACACUGGAACCAGCAUUCUGCCUCAAAUGCAUAUCUCUCAACUUAUGCCAAACAGCUCGUGCAGUCUCUUGACCCUCUAAGUUCACCAACAAGUGGUCUGAAACACUCAAAACAAUUGUCCCACGGGCUCUCAUGUCUGCAGCAUGCCACUCAGGCCAUUCAUCAUCAUCCUUAUCGGGAGGGUCAUCUUCUAUAGUGUGAAAUAGCUUUUCCCUCUGUAAAAGCGCUUUCAUCUUGACCUGCCAAACUGCAUAGGUCUCUGGCGUGAGGAGAGGAAAGGACAGAGCCAUCUGGCCAGAAUGUGCACAGGCCAUGUCUGCUAUUACUUAGAGCAAGACACUUCCCUCGUGCAACACAGAUAAAGCCUUGGACUCCUUCAGCCACUCUCUCGCCCACUCAGAGCGCAAUUAACAGGCAAACAGGGAUGCUAUCUUCUUUCUUUGGCAGUCAGCAACAUACCUCCAUAAAUCAAGCAGCAGCAACAGCAACAGCGGCAGCUUGAACACUCUGCUCCAAAACAGCUCUGCUUCUGGGCACCACAAAUCAGUCCAGCAUGCAGCGUCCGUUCCGCCGUCCGGCAAUCAGCAACAGAAACCUCUGGCGACUGGGACGACUGGGACGACUGGUACAACUGGAACAACGACUGGUCAGAUGACUGGGCCCAAAACCGAUGUCAGCAUCGCCCUUGAGCCAGUGCCACCAAUUGGACUCAUCCACUUCAGCCCCGACUGGGCUAGGCGAGCUGGGUAGCACUUCCAGAGACCAUCUUCUGCACAGGAACAGGUCAAAGGGCUGUGGACUCACAGCUUAAAGUUGUGAGCACCGGAUUCACUUCCACAAGAAGACAGUCGUCGCACAGCAGAGUACAGCAGAGUCUAGCAGAGUAUAUAAACAACUCAGAGAGCAGCUCUGUAGAAUAUCUUCUUUAUUCUAUCUACAACUAUACAAACUAUAUACAGAGCUUAAUAGGUCUAAGCAUAAAUGAAUGCUGCACUGCACUGAGUGUCUGCAGCUGCUCUUAGCAGCAACCUUAUCUCUACACACGAUCUCUAACACUCAGUCUCUCUCUCUCUCUCCGACACUGACUGACUGACUGAUUUGGUGAUGGAGCAGAAUAAGUAGAGAGCAGAACACGCCUCCUCCUCUCUGGAGAAUCAGCAGACUCCUCAGGAGAUUCUUGGAUAUGGGAGGGGUGAAAUCUCCUCAGCCUUCGGGGGUUCCUUGAGGUAGUUUCUCUCAGUUUAACUUAAAAGUGUGUGCAUUAAGGCUUGUGGGGCGGGUGUGUCAGGACUCCUGGGUUCUUUCUUCCGCUGAACACACACAGAGAAACAGAGUUCCCCCUUAGCCCUGUCCUCUCUCUCUCCAUCCCAGUUUCCAAGGCGCCCUCUCCCAUCCCGGAGACGAUGGAGAACAUGCUGUGUGCCCUGGGCUUGGCCUUUGGCAUCCUGGGCAUCAUCGCUGGCACCAUCCUUUUCUUCAAGGCCAUGAGGAUGAACGAUCGCAGGGAAGCCAAAAUACACAGCAAAGGGGUGGGGUGGGCCUCAUCCUGCCCAGAAGGUGCCCAGCCUCAAUACUCCCAGCUCACCAGCUCCCUUCUCCUUCCUUUUCAGAUAA